GGCAAAGGGAUUCCAGGACCAGUGGCAAUUUCCUAACUGCCUUGGUGCCUUGGAUGGGAAACACAUCUCAAUUAUCCCUCCACCAUCCUCAGGGUCUACUUUUUAUAACUAUAAACAUAGCUUCUCAGUUGUGUUGAUGGCCCUGGUGGACAGCAACUACCGCUUCCUUUAUGUGGAUGUGGGGUGCAACGGCAGGGUGUCUGAUGGUGGGGUUUUCAGGGGCUGCUCACUCCAGCAGUCCCUUGAGCAGAAGACAGCCAACAUCCCCGACCCUGCACCACUUUCUGGUACAGAGCUGCUCUCACCCUACACCAUAGUGGCUGAUGAGGCUUUCCCGCUCAAGGAGUAUAUCCUGAAGCCCUACUCUAGCCGCGGCCUCACCCAGGAGCAGAGGAUUUUCAAUUACCGGCUUUCAAGAGCACGGAGGGUGGUGGAAAAUGCCUUUGGCAUACUAGCAAACCGCUGGCGUGUCUUCACCACAAAGAUCCACCUGCAGCCAGAGACUGUGGACAAGAUUGUCCUCGCCUGCACCGUGCUGCACAAUGUCCUACGUGACCAUGGUGAUGGCUACACCCAGCUUCCCAGCGAGCGGGAUGGCCCUGGUGAACAUGGUCCAACCCUUGCCCAGGCUGCACUACCACGCAGCACAAACACCACUCUGCAGGCUAAGAGGAACAGAGACAUCCUCUGCAAUUACAUGUGCUCAGACGCUGGUGCUGUAGCAUGGCAGUGGGACAAAAUUGAAUCAUGUGUGUGGGUGUAAUUAAUAAUCAAGCUGUAUUAUAUUCAAUUGUUUUAUAUUUCAUAUUCCAGCACAGAUCAAUUGUAUAUAGUUGUAUGUAGCCUAUUCUAUUAUCCAUCUCCAAGUUGUAGUUGAGCCGAUUGUAAACAAAGACAGAUAAAACUGAAAUUUAACUAACAGGAAAUGCAAUGUAUCCAACAACGGGUAAUUUAAACAAACUGUAAACUCCAGCUAUUUACUCCAAUGCAGAUGUAGUGAAGAAUGACAAGACACAGUAACUCUAGCCUACUCUUGAUACCUAGGCCCAUAUAUGUGUUAAUGUUAAUUAAUAUGUGUGAUAAGUUUUACUUUAAAUAAAUACCUUUUCA